UCUCUGUUUUUUCAUUAGCACACUGCACAUGCUUCGAAAAGCUAAAGACUAAAGAGCUCUCUCUUUCUGCUUUUUCUGAUAAACCUUUGGAUUGAGGCUCACCGGAGCUUUAAAAGGAAACCUUUUUUUGUUAAUAUCGUCCGACUUACGAACUCAAAAAUUAGAAUCUCAUGUACGUUUCUAUCACCUGCUCUUUCUUUAGAAGAAAAAGUUUUAAUCUCUUUUUCGUCGGGGCGAAUUUCAUCGGUCUUCGAGUUUCGAGAUCCGAUUUUCAUGGUGGCAAAUGUGCUUUUAUAGAUCCCAGGUUAUUUGUAAAAGGAUUGAAGCUUUGAGUGGGGAUAUACCAGUUUGAAAGGCAAAGUUUUUUUCUUUCCAGCGAGCUUUUCAAGUACCAAAGCUUUAACAAAUGGUAGUGGAAGUAGCAGCAACGGCGCGUUUACAGUGGUCAAAGCCGAUUCCUCCUCAACCUCCAUCUUCCUCUCAAGCUCUAGUUUCAGCUACCUCUUCACCUUCUGUUCUUUGUUUGAAGUCGGUUCGCCGGUCAGCUCUGUUUGGUGCUCACUCCACCACUCUCCAGCGCUCCCGAUGCCGUGAGUUUCUCUAUCCAAGGUCCAGAACUUUAAAAAGAGCUUGCAGUGCUAGUUUAGUCGAUGACUUCUCUGAUGAAGAAUUCUCAAAAAAGAUUCAAGAAUUGGCUCCCAAAUUCCAGUCACCGGACGGCAGUGAUAAGCCCAUCAGCGAAGUUAACAUGAAGGAUUUAGAUUCUGAAUCUUUGAAGCCGUCGUGGUUGGAAAGAGGAGAAGAAAUAAUCCCAUCAAACAUAGAACGUAAAGCCAACAGCGUGGAUCUUCCGCUUUCGCUUCGGAUUAUAAAGAGGAAACUACAAUGGCAAGAAGGGUUUCGUGACGCAGGGGAGUCGGCUUAUUGUUCAAUGAAGAAGGCGUUUUCUUCAAUGGUUUUUAUAAUCCGAGAGCUUCAUAGUUACACUUUGCAGAUGCGAGAGCUUUUGUUUUAUGAAGAUUUACAAGGGGUUCUUGUUAGAGUUCAAAAAGAGAUGCACGCUUCGUUUGUUUGGUUGUUCCAACAGGUCUUUUCUCAUACGCCCACUUUGAUGGUUUACGUGAUGGUCCUGUUAGCUAAUUAUUCGGUUCAUUCUAUGGGAAGCACCGCUGCUCUUGCUGCAGUAGCAGCCCCCAGUUCCCCAUCUGCCUCUUAUGUUUCUGUGGUUGAAGAUCAGAAGCACCCAAAGUUCGAUUUUUCAUCUAUAAAGUCGUUUUCAGUAACGUCAUCGAUCGGGAAAACCACUUCCAUUGGCGGAAGCAAUGGCGGCGGUGGAAAAGCCAGGCCCAUCGCCGGUGGGACCGACGGAGAUGGACUCUUCAAUGCAGCAGAGCAGUUCAGAACCAUUGUUCCCGAUGGUGCUUCCCAGUUAUCAUCUCCAGGAACAACAGGGGAAUCGCAAACAGCGUCAUCAACUUCAGGACGAGUAAGUAGAGAAGAAGAGCUCAGCCUUUGGAACACUAUCGUUGAUGAAGCUUCAAAGAUGCAAGCUUUAUUCAGUGAUGAAAUGAUUGAUAAUGAAACCAUUAAGAGUUUCAUUUCACCUGUAAUGGCAAAGAUGGAACCUGAUGACUAUCAUGAAGAUUACUUAAAAACAGAGCUUCUUUAUAAAACAGAGUUGUCACAAGAGCCUAACAAUCCUCUCCUCCUUGCCAACUAUGCCCAGUUUCUCUACCUUGUUGUACGUGAUUAUGACAGAGCGGAAGAGUACUUCAAGAAAGCGAUAGAAGUAGAACCAGCGGACGGUGAAGCAUACAGUAAAUACGCUAGCUUUUUAUGGAGAGUGAGAAAAGAUUUGUGGGCAGCUGAGGAAACUUUGUUGGGAGCCAUAUCAGCAGAUCCUACCAACUCUUAUUACUCAGCAUACUAUGCUCAUUUCCUAUGGAAUACUGGUGGAGACGACACUUGUUUCCCUCUUACCUCUCCAGACACUACCCAAAAAGAAGCUUAAUAUCUAUCCUCUUUAAUAUAUGUAUAUAAAGGGAAAUGAAGAUGACCCACCAAAGCAAAUCAUAUGGACAAAGGCUAAAUAAGGUAUGAUUUAAAGUUUUAAUGGCGGCGGCGGUGGUGGAGGUAUGCUUGGGGAAUUGCAGGGUUUCACGUGAGGAAGUGAAAUGCAUGGAAGGUGGCGACAAUGGGAAAGCUUGGAUCAGUAGUGUGCGGUGUCAUAUGCUAGAGCCAGGCAAGGCUGGCACUCAGGACCUACGGUUCAUGGGGGGGACUUUGGGUUCACAGUUCAAAUUAUUGGUUUUUUUUUUGGUUUUAACACCAAACCACAUGACAAAUUGUAAUUAGUACUUUUAACUAUAUUUUGUUAAUAUAAGAACCAUUUUUAAAUUUUUUUUA